GUUUCAUUUUUGGAAAUCUCUUGCAAUUUAAUAAUAUAUCUUUAACCCACUAAUGUCACCAUUCUUUCUUACUUUAUCAUUUAUCACUUUUUCAAUAAACCCCACUCCCUUUUACACCACUUUAUUUUUCAAUAAAAUAUUUACCUUAUCUAUCCCACUAACAUCUUAUUUUAAUAAAUCACCUGAAAUUCCGCACAAUCUUAAAUCUAGUAUAUAAUAAAAAACACAGAGAGACUAGGAAAUUACUAAAUUAUGUAGACAACCCAAUUUUUUUAUUUUUAUAUGAAACAAUGUAAACAACCCAAUUUUAGACAUUUUAGUAUGGAGUAAUAGAAAAAUAUAAAUACAUAACGGAAUCCAUCAUCAAUUUUGUCACAUAAUCAAAAAAGAAAAAGCAUGUGGGAGCAACACUACACUACAAAAACUGUCACCUCUCAAACAAAUUAAAUCAUGUAUUCAGUAUUCAUAAACGUAGUAGUAAUAAUUUUCCUAAUUAAAUUUCGUACUUUAAUUUAAUUCUAUUAAUUGAGAGUAGUAGAUAUAAUUGUUAGCUUGAUUUUUCAGCAUCAAUUUCAACAGGACGAUUUUGGUCUCUGCCUAACUGCGCUAUAUUUUGACUGAAAUUCUGGGUUUGGUGAUUGCUUUUUCCUUGACUGUUUGAGCUGAAAGUUUUUUCAGUAUGAUUUGAUAUCUGAAAUGGGCACUUUUCAAUUUGAUAGGAGAUGAAUUCUUAAAAAAUUGAAAUUGGGGUUUUUGACCAGAUUACAAGGGAGUAUUUUAGGAACAAAAUUGGAGCUUAAUUAUGGAGAAAGUGGGGAAUAUGGGAGGUAAAACAAUGGAGAAACAGCCGAGUAUGAGACGGGUGAUAGAGAAACAAGUAAGCUUUCGUAAUGUUGGGGAGAAAUCUGAGAGUUCUGGCAAAACUAUGGAGAAAAAUGGGAGUUUUCGAGGCGAUAUAAUGGAGAAACAGAAGAGUUUUCGUGGGUUGUUGGAGAAACAGAAGAGUUUUCAUUUGAAGAUGGAGAGGCAAUUUAGCUUUGGUGGCAAUGAGAAGAGGAAAAGCAAAGAAUCCCCGGGUAAACGAGGCGAUUCGCCCCUUCAUUUGUUUGCUAGAGCUGGUAAUUUGGGUAAAAUCAAAGAGAUGUUUCAAAAUUGUGAGACUAGUGAUUGUAGGAAGAUGCUUUGUAAGCAAAAUCAAGAAGGAGAAACUCCUCUUUAUGUUGCUGCUGAGAAUGGGCAUGCUAUGGUGGUUGCCGAAUUUUUGAAGCAUUUGGACUUGGACACAGCAUCAAUAGGGGCUAGGAGUGGUUAUGACCCUUUUCAUAUUGCUGCCAGACAAGGUCAUAUUGAGGUGCUUAAGGAACUUCUCAGUACGUUCCCAAACUUGGCCAUGACAACCGAUCCAUCUAACACAACAGCAUUACACACAGCUGCUACUCAAGGAAAUAUUGAUGUCGUUAAUCUUCUCUUAGAAACUGACUCAAACCUUGCUAAAAUAGCCAGAAAUAAUGGUAAAACAGUCCUCCAUUCUGCUGCAAGAAUGGGAUAUUUGGAAGUGGUCAAGGCCCUUUUACAAAAGGAUCCAAGUAUUGGCUUCAGGGCUGAUAGAAAGGGUCAAGCAGCACUUCAUAUGGCCGUGAAAGGCCAAAAUCAAGACAUUGUAAUUGAAUUGCUUAAACCUGAUCCUUCCAUCUUGAGUCUAGAAGAUAACAAGGGAAACACAGCUUUACACAUUGCAGCAAAGAAGGGUCGUGCCCAGAUUGUCUGUUGCCUUCUACAGUUUGAAGGCAUAAACAUCAAUGCAAUCAAUAAAGCAGGGGAGACUGUGCUUGAUAUUGCUGAAAAAAUUGGACCACCAGAGCUAGUUACAGUGUUAAGAGAGGCUGGAGCACUCAGCGCAAAAGAACUUGGGAAGCCUCCAAGCACAGAGAAGCAACUUAAGCAAACUGUGAGUGACAUCAAACACAACGUGAAGUCGCAGCUGCAACAAACCCAUCAAACUGAUGUUAGGGUCCAAAAGAUUGCAAAAAAGCUCAAGAAACUCCAUACCAACGGUUUGAACAAUGCGAUAAACAAUGCUACGGUUGUCGCUGUUCUCAUAGCAACUGUUGCUUUUGCGGCUAUUUUCCAAGUUCCUGGCCAAUAUCUGGAGGAAAAGGAGCCCGGGAAAUCUGUUGGUCAAGCUUAUAUCGCCAAUAAUAAGGCAUUCAUUAUAUUCUUUGUGUUUGACAGUGUGGCAUUGUUCAUCUCACUUGCUGUUGUUGUAGUCCAGACAUCUGUGGUUGUCAUUGAGCAGAAAGCAAAACGGCAGCUAAUGUUUGUGAUAAACAAACUAAUGUGGGUGGCUUGUGUCUGCAUCUCAGUUGCAUUCAUUGCUCUCUCUUAUGUGGUGGUUGGCCGGCAUAAUAAGUGGCUUGCUAUAUGGGCAACAGUCAUCGGAGCUGUGAUUAUGAUCCCAAUCCUUGGCUCCAUGUUCUACUGUGUGAUUGUGCAUAGGUUGAGUGAUUCAAAAUCCAGACGGUUAAAGAAAGCUGAGAGCAAGUCACAUUCCUAUUCUAUGUCAGUGGCUGAAUCAGAUCCAGAAUUCUUGAGUACCGAGUAUAAGAAAAUGUAUGUACUUUAAUAAAUUCAGAAGUUCAAAUCCAGUAAAAAUAGCUAUGUAUAAUUUUGUAUAAUUAUGCCUGAUUGCCUUGUAUUAAGAAAUGAUCCAUGCCAUUAGCCUGACAAGGACCGUCUUUCAGGACAGGCGGUGGAUCAAUUUUCUAGCUGUAAUGUAAUCUCUCUAAUGCAAUUAAACCUAUUGCUGGUCAUCUCUAUGAUGGCACUUAUUGUCAAUAUAUUCUUAAUAUUUGGUGAACCA